AUGUCGCUGAUGAUAAAUUUAUGGAUGAAUUAUUUGGGCAAUUAUAUUUAUUAGUUUUUGCUGCAAUUAGUACAACUUCCAGAUUCCUCUCAUUUGCCCUUUUUGAUUAUGCUGGAAGACCUGAAUUAUGGGAUGAAAUCUAUGAAGAACAACUAAAAAUUCAUAAUGAAUCUAAUGGUAUUUUAACCAUAAAUGAUAUUCAAAAAAUGGUCAAAUUGGAUUGUUUCCUAAAAGAAUCCUUUAGAUAUUCUUCAGAUAUAGCUUCAUUGGGGCAUACAAUGACAAAAGAUUCAUAUACAUUUAGCAACGGAACCACUAUACCAAAAGAUACAGCCUUCAGUAGUAAAUUCUAUGGAGAUACAGCACAUAAUUUUCAGCCAAAACGGCAUAUAACUUCAUAUUCUAAUGGCAAAGUUAUUCACUCACCAGCUACAAAAGUUGAUAGAUCCUUAUUAACUUUUGGAGGUGGUAAACAUGCUUGCCCUG